CCAGGGAAAGGAAAUUUUAGAGAAAUCGAAACUACUUAGGAAAGAGAGGUCCCCCUUCUGCUCACCCCACACCCGACCCAGCACAAUCCCUGUGUCUGGACCACACCUGCUCCGUCUCUGCAUCAAGAAACCCACUUCCCAAAGCAUCUCCUCUGCCCGCAACACCGACUUCGCCUGAUCCUGAGAUGCUCAGGGAGGAGCACGAGGUGGCCGUGCUGGGGGCUCCCCAGAGCUCAGCCCCCGUGGCCACCACGGUGAUCAACAUCCGAAGCGAGACCUCCGUGCCCGACCACGUCGUCUGGUCCCUGUUCAACGCCCUCUUCAUGAACUGGUGCUGCCUGGGCUUCGUGGCUUUCGCCUACUCCGUGAAGGCGAGGGACCGGAAGAUGGUGGGAGACAUCACUGGGGCCCAGAGCUAUGCCUCCACCGCCAAGUGCCUGAACAUCUGGGCCCUGAUCCUGGGCAUUUUUCUGACCAUCGGAGCCGUCGUUCUUCUGGUGUUUGCAUGCUUAGCAGUCUAUGAGAUGGCUUUACAACAUGCAAAGAGUAACAGAGGCUACUAGCAGCCAUCCACGGCCCAGCCCAAGUCCCCCACCAUCCACACUGGCCCUGCCCCACCCCCUCCCUUCCUACAGGACUUGCAACCAGGGAGGCACAGAUUCAAGUAGCAAGAGUCCCACCUGCUCUGAGGAAAGCAGAAAGGCAGGGCUGGGGACCUUCCAGAGAAGAUACAGGCUCGCCUUACAGACGGGGGCUGGUGCCAGCAGAGGGUCAGUCACUAGACAUCCGCAGCUGAUCGGUUGCCAGACCCGGGUUUCCAGGGAGGGAAGAAACUGAGUUCCAGGCAGUCCCAGGAUGGCCAGGGUGUGAGUCAGUUCAUGUCCCCGGGGCUUCCUGGCCCCAUUUCAGCCCCUCCGGCGCGUCUGAAGGGGCUGAAAUGGGUGGACCUCUGUGUGUGCACAGUCCUCGUGGGCUCCGGCUCGGGACGCCUGCAGGGGACCUGACUCGCGGCUGGGGGAGGGGGCGGGGUCCGCCGUCCACCUCUGGAGACACAGCCCCAGUGGCCCCCGCUCUUCAGGGGGAGGAGAGCCCCUGCCCUGCCCUGCCCUGCCCUGGAAAUCAGCCCCUGUCCCUGAUCCCGCCGGUUCUGUCCGGCGCCCAGAUGUGCGGGCCCUUGGGGUGCCCCGGGGCAGACGCUGCCCACAGCCAGCUGGGCAGCUGCGGGGUGAGCCCGGGGCGGGGGGGCACGGCCUCACUGUCCCUCCCCUGACACCGAUGCCAGGCAUGGACCCCCUGUGGACGAAAAUGCUGCUGCCAUAGCGGGAAGCUAAGGAUGCGGCAGCCAGCAAGCCACCGAAGCCUCUCCCCCCGCCCCCAGGGACCAGGAUGGGAAGGAGGGACCUGGUGCACGAAGCUGAGGUGCACACACACCGAAGGGCCGAUCUCGAGGGGCCCGGACUCUCGCAUCUUCCCAUACCUAGAAAAGCGCUAAAGUCCCUAACUUGAGGUGUCUGCUUUUCUUUAAUUAUGAGUAAUGUUUGGGGGAAAAAAUAAAAUAAAAAAGAGUGACCUUUUGAUGUUGA